AUGUGGGAGCAUCAAGAAAGUGCUAUGCCGCCCACAGCCCUGCUCGGCUAUCAGGACGGCAGCAUCUACCAGCUUCCAAGUGCGAAUUCAUCCAUCCAGGCAGGACAUUUUCAGAGACAGGCACAUGAACCUCCAUCUCAGACGGACGGCAUGUCACAUGUCACCCUCGCGAAAGGCGAGUCUUUGGCAGUUCCUGGUGACCUGGCUCUGGUUCAGUUUCAAGGGGCCCAGCUCAAUCUACAUUGCACACCGGAAGUUACAGAUGCGGACAACAGGCGAUGGAUGCCUUCUGGUAGGUUUUACUUCGUCGUGAACAAGCCAUGCACCCACCCAGAUGACGUAGGUUUCCGCGGUGCUUUGAUACACGUGCUGGUGUUGAUGCGAGAUCUGCCGGGCUUCGUUGAACGGUCUGCGGGCAUUCCUUCGGCUCGAUUGCUGACGCCUGCAUGUAGCUGGCAGCGAAUUCUGUUCUUCAAGUUCUCCUCUCCUGAUGCUGUUGAUGAGGUGGACCUGCGACUUCUGCUGCAAAUCUGUGAAACGUGGGGCAAGCUGGGUCCCAAAGAUGGACUCCUGACGAACAGCCCCAAGAGCUUGUCACCUUGGUGGCGCUCCAUCGUGGCAGCCAUGGAUAACAUUCCUUUAUCUCAUCGAGGCUUCGCACAGUUUGCGGCAGCAGUUGUGCAACGAGUCAUUUGCGACUGGUGGCACAUGCAGGGGCAGAAGCUGGUAGUGGGUUGGAGCCCCAUGUGUGGGUGGACAGCUUGGGAGGAGGACGAAGCUUGUGAUUGCGCAUCAUUGCACAGAGAUCACAUACAUCGAUUAUUUGCCACAGGAUUUCCUGAGGCCAAAGAGCUUACUGGAGUCACUGGAGCUAGCGAUCGAUUGUUCGCAGACGGCGGCUUUGUGAACAAUCCCAGUGUUCACACCAGCCACCUUCGAUCUUUGGCUUCGCGCGGGAAGGACAAGCCGUGGUCGCGGUUCCUGGUGCGGACGCCCACGAUUCACCAAAGAGACGCUCAGGUGGCCAGCCAGGUGAAGUUUGGAGAGCGCAUGGCUGUGGCUGCGCUGAACCUGGCCGAGAUGCUCGGCCACCAGGCUCUGACUAUGUCGGAGCUCUUGGAUCGAGCGGGGGAGCUGCGGAGCGAUGCUGAUCUUGAAGACCAGCCAAAGAUCGGAAUUCGCCGCAUAUUCCAGGACACGGAGGUCGGCACUUCGGUGUCGCCCUUGCGUCGGUACGGCCGCUUCCUUCCUGCACGGCGCUUUGUGGAGCCGUCGGCAGGCCCACGUACAAAGAACUGCGCUGCCACGGUCACUUCACUGCGAGUCGACGCAGACAUGUGCAGGCGUGUUAUUGAUUCGCUUGGCAUCAACAUGACCAACCCAGCGCACAACGACACUGUCAAGGAAAGGCUUGCAGGAAUUUAUCUGGGCGACGAUUGUCUUGUCGUGCUAACACGCACGGCAAGAUCGGCCCUGGAUGGAUUGCUUCGGGGGUGGGACUGCUUUUCCUGGUACGGCCAAGAAUCCGCCCCGCAUUUUGACAGGAUGUGGGGCGUCAUCCUCCAUGCGUCCGUACUGGCCACUGAGAUAGCCGUCCAGCGAAUGACGGAGGUGGAGCUUCCCCAGUACCGGCUUGCCGCAGCGUCGUUGGACCAGCACUGCGAGCUCGCGAAGUUCUCUGGUAAGCCUCUGGCCGCGACCUCCUUGGCAUGGUUGGAGUUGCAACGCAGCAUUGCCAGCCUUGCUUGGCUGAGCUUCAAUGCACUCCCGUACAAGCGGGGCACACCAAGCACGGCGCCAAUGGGCAUAAGUCACGUAGGGGUUCUCGUCGUUCCAGUGGCAUCAACCUGGGAUUUGCCUGGCCGUUCUACUCUUGCUCAUUAG